AUGGCAUCGUUGGCGACCCAUUUUUCUGGUUUCAUACUCUUCUUCCCCGUUGGCCUUCGCCGCUUACUUUCUUCUUCUUCCCUUUACCUUCACGAUCCCUCUCACUUCCGCUCCAACCUUUGGUACUUCUCUGACCCAAAAUGGAAGACCCUUGAUCUCUAUGCUCUCCUCAUAACUCUUCCCGUCUUCUCAUUGUCUGAGUUUUUCCUCUUCUUCUCAUUUUCUGGCAACCCCACUUACAAAUUCUCCUUCUUCCAACAAUCCCUGGUCAUUUUGGCCUUCUGGGCAUUGACCGUCUCGAUCAUAGUUCGUGAACACGUGGGGGGAACGUCGUUGAUUGAUGAAAGUUUUAUUUUUUUGUCUGGUGGGAUAGUUUUCUUGGUGGAGUACUAUGUGAUGGAAAAAGGGGUGUCAGGUCUUGCUGGUUCUGUAUAUGGUUUUUUGGAAGGGUUGACUCUGGUGUGUUCUGGUGCUUGUAUUUGCUUGGCGGUUAAGCCUUCAGCUUUUUUUGCUGACUUUUUAUUAUCAUGUGGGUUACUGUUUAAGGGCACUUGGUUAUUACAGGCGGGGUUUUCUUUGUACACUGAUUUCUUUGGGUUGAAAGGGUGUGGAAAGAUCAAUUUUUUGAAGUCCCAAAAGGAGAGUGUUGAUGUGCAAUGUGAUCUUGACGAGGAUAGGUUGAGAGGUGUGGCUUUGAUGCAUUUUUUGUUCACUGUGCAUGCCAUUGGGGUGAUGGUUUUAGCUGUUGGGGCAUUUUGUGUGUUGGCAGGUAAUCGGAGUUUGAGGAAUGGGGAGGCAAGAGGGCCUUUGCUAGCUGAGACUGAAUCGGUGAGCUAUCGGACGCGGGCACUUCUAGAUCAAGAGAUGGAGUGA